AUGGCGGCCCGUUGCUUAGCACAAAUUGUUGUAUGAUUAAAACCAUAAUUUACCAAGCGUUUUACUGAUUCAGUUGUUUUAUUUGCGUUUUCUCUAUAUUUUUAUACACACACGCCGAUAAACAUGUCUGACUCGGAGGAAGAGAGCCAGGAGCGGCAGCUGAAGAUGGUGUUAAUCGGAGACGGAGCUUCGGGAAAGACGUCACUCGCCACUCGUUUUGCGCAGGAAGCCUUCGGGAAGCAAUACAAACAGACGAUAGGGCUCGACUUCUUCCUCAAGAGAAUCACACUGCCAGGGAACCUGAACGUGACUCUGCAGGUGUGGGACAUUGGAGGACAAACGAUUGGAGGAAACAUGCUGGAUAAAUAUAUCUUCGGAGCACAUGGUGUUUUACUGGUGUAUGACAUCACCAAUUCUCAGAGUUUUGAGAAUCUGGAAGACUGGUAUGGUGCUGUGAAAAAAGCAAACGAGGAGUCCGACACACAACCUGUUAUAGCGCUGGUGGGCAACAAGAUUGAUCUGGAGCACAUGAGGACGGUAAAACUGGAUAAACACCAGCGUUUCUGUCAGGAGAACAGUAUAAUCAGCCAAUUCGUAUCAGCCAAGACUGGAGACUCGGUUUUUCUCUGUUUUCAGAGAGUGGCAGCAGAGAUUCUGGGAAUAAAACUGAAUAAAGCAGAAAUAGAACAGUCUCAGAGGGUGGUGAAGGCUGACAUAGUAAACUACAGUCAGGAAUCGGUGGCUCGGACAGUCAACGCUCCACGCAGCUCCAUGUGUGUUGUACAGUGAUGAACACAACACCAUCUUUACUCUGUUUAUUAUGAAACCUUAACCAGCUAAGAGUACCCACACAUUUACACACACACACACCCACACAUUUACACACACACACACACACACACACACACACACUUACACACCUCGACAUCCACCAUAUAUAUAUAUAUAUAUAUAUAUAUAUAUAUA